AUGGAAGCCAUUUCGGCCAUCGAGCAAAUCAUGCACAUUACCCCAGCAAUAACGAAUACCGUCAACCAGAUCAUACCAGCAGUGCCACCAUUGGUCAAGCCGUAUUGCGCGACGACUAAGGUACUCUCCCAGCUUGACUGCAAGAUCAUGACAAAUCCUGCGAUAGAUAGGACGGUGAAGUUGCGCUAUCAGGGAGAUCAGCUGGCAUCAAGUCCCUGGGAUAAUAGCGAGAGACCCUCAGCUGUUGGACUUUGCCCAGUCGAUCCAUCUCGAAUGCAUCAUGAGAGCCAAUCGAUCUCCUUUUUGAUCUCCAAUGAGAAUAGUACUCCUCGGGUGUCGCUAGCUUAUGUCCUUGACAGUGAGCUUAGCUUUACUUUUGAAGUCGUCGAUUGGACGGUGAACGAUAGUGACAUGCAAAAGACAGCCGCGAUGGAUUCCGCUAAAGUCUUUCAUGCAUGGCCGAAGUGGGGAUCAGCGCCACAUGGAGGCCUAGAACAUUUGAUUUGCGAAAGAGAAAUGUCGAUACAGUGCAUUGAUGCUGUUGAACAGAGCAUUGUUUAA